AUGUCCGAAAGCAAUCAGCUUAACGAGAAACCGAAGACUCCCUUCAUACAAAGGCGAGGAAGUGUAUGUGGCAACUAUGUUUCGAAACAACACAUACAUAUGAAACAGUACAUUCCAGAUAGUUCCUUCCACAGACUUAUGAGGCUCUACAAUAAGGAAACACCCAAGUAUUUGUACAUGAGCGGCCACAUAAGAAACCGUUUGGACGACGACAAUAUGAACAAGUUCCCAAACAUAGCAGAUACACACAGAAUCUUUUUGCGGAUGUCAAGGAAGAAAGAAACGCUGAGUAUAAAACACAGAGAUUUACAGGCCUCAUAUAGGAGGAAAUAA